AUGAAGGAGCAAGUGAUUGAUAACACACCAAAGAAGAUUCGCUACAUCCAAUUUGGUGUUCUGUCACCUCAGAACAUGGUGAAAAUUGCAGAAUUCGAAAUUACGCAGAGAGAUCUGUACAUGCCUGAGAGUCGUACGCCCAUCAAAGGUGGUGUGUUGGAUUUGAGAUUGGGUACAACCAUGAAAGAUGCAACAUGUGAGACUUGUGGACAGAAAAUGCAAGAGUGUGCUGGUCAUUGGGGCUACAUCAAACUGGUCUUGCCCAUCUUUCACAUUGGUUAUUUCAGACCUGUCAUUAACAUUUUGCAAGAGAUUUGUAAGACCUGUAGUCGUGUCAUGUUGGAUGAAUCAGAUCGCCGUAUGUAUUUGAGACGAUUGAGAGCACCUGGUUUGGAUAAUUUGCAGCGAAAUCGAAUCAUCAAGCAAGUCAACGAAAAGUGUAAAAAGGUGACCUACUGUCCUCACUGUAACGCUGUUAAUGGUGUCGUCAAGAAGGUUGGACCUAUGAAGAUCACACACGAUAAAUACCGUUUAAAGCGAGUCGAUGCCGAAGCAGAGCAAUUUAGAAAGACAUUCGAAGCAGCAGCAGCAUCUAUGCCAGAAAUCAAGCCUCAUAUCAGCAAAGCUCAGGACGAUUUGAACCCUUUGCGAGUAUUGAGACUAUUCCAGCGCAUCUCACCUGAAGAUUGUGAACUGUUGGGAUUAAGUGAGGAGCACGGCAGACCAGAGUGGUAUAUUUGGCAGUACCUUCCUAUCCCUCCCUCGUGUGUCCGUCCCUCCGUUCUGCAAGACGACAACAGCAGUAACGAAGACGAUUUGACAGCCAAACUUACUGAAAUCAUCUUCACCAAUGCCAUUAUUCGUGCUGGUCUGGAAAGAGGUGUUACAGUCAUGAAUCUGAUGGAACAAUGGGAGUUUUUGCAACUAGCAGCAGCCCUGUACAUCAACAGUGAAUUGCCUGGUGUGCCCAACGCCAACUCUGGUAAACCCAGCCGUGGUCUCUGCCAACGUUUGAAGGGUAAACAAGGUCGUUUCAGAGGUAACUUGUCUGGUAAACGUGUGGAUUUCUCGGGCCGUACUGUUAUUUCGCCUGAUCCCAAUAUGCGUAUCGAUCAAGUCGCUGUGCCUGAACGUGUUGCCAAAGUGCUUACUUUUCCCGAACGAGUUAACAGACACAAUAUCCACAAAUUGCGCCAAAAUGUUAUCAAUGGUCCAUUCGUGCAUCCAGGUGCUAAUUUCGUGCAAGGCUCCAAUGGCUUCAAGAGGUUUCUCAAGUUUGGUAAUCGACAAGAGAUUGCUGCUGAUUUGCAAAUUGGUGAUCUAGUCGAGCGUCAUUUAUCAGACAAUGAUGUCGUCCUGUUUAACCGUCAGCCCUCACUUCACAGAUUGUCCAUCAUGGCCCAUUUUGCUAAAGUCAUGCCCUGGAGAACCUUCCGUUUCAACGAAUGUGUUUGCUCGCCUUACAAUGCCGAUUUUGAUGGUGAUGAAAUGAACAUGCACUUGCCUCAAACGCAAGAAGCGAAGGCCGAAGCUAUUGAGUUGAUGGGUGUCAAGAACAACUUGGUCACACCUCGAAACGGUGAACCAUUAAUUGCAGCUACUCAAGAUUUCAUUACAGCAUCCUACCUGUUAUCUCAUAAGGAUACCUUCUAUACCCGCGGUGAAUUCACUCAAGCUUGUACCAUGAUGGGAGACGGUGAGAUGAAGAUUGACCUGCCUCCUCCAGUGAUUUGGAAACCUCAACGUUUGUGGACUGGUAAGCAGGUGUUCAAUGUCCUCUUUAGACCCAACAAGGAGAGCAAGGUCUUGUUGAACGUGGAAGCCAAGAACAAGUCUUUUAUCAAGGAAGAAGGUCGUCUGCCUGACAUGUGUCCCAACGAUGGCUGGCUUGUGGUGCAAAACAGUGAGAUCAUGUGUGGUCUUGUGGACAAGGCUGUGGUUGGUGAUGGUAACAAGAACUCAGUCUUUUAUGUCAUUUUGCGUGAUUAUGGACCUAUUGAAGCUGCGAAAUGUAUGAAUCGUUUGGCUAAGCUCUGUGCCAGAUGGCUCGCAAACCGUGGUUUCUCUAUCGGUAUCAGUGAUGUAACUCCUGGUGAACGUUUGAGCAAGAUUAAGCUUCAGCAAGUAACAGCUGCCUAUGCCAAGUGUGAUGAUAUUAUCAAAGAUUACAACAAUGGUCAACUGGAGAAUAUGGCUGGUUGUAACGAAGAAGAGACCAUGGAGUCAAUGGUAUCUGGUAUUUUGUCCGAUGUGCGUGGUAACCUGGGUAAGGUCUGUAUGGAUGAAUUGAACAUGUACAAUUCUCCCAGUAUCAUGGCCCGUUGUGGUUCAAAGGGUUCUCAAAUCAAUGUGUCUCAAAUGGUUGCUUGUGUCGGUCAACAAAUUAUCAGUGGUAGUCGUAUUCCUAACGGCUUCCAGGAUCGUUCCUUGCCUCAUUUCUUGAAGCACUCCAAGAGUCCUCCAGCCAAGGGUUUCGUCAGAAACAGUUUCUACACAGGCCUUAGUCCUACUGAAUUUUUGUUCCACGCUAUUUCAGGUCGUGAAGGUUUGGUCGAUACUGCUGUCAAGACUGCAGAAACUGGUUAUAUGGCUAGACGUUUGAUGAAGGCCUUCGAAGAUUUAGUGACUCAUUACGAUCUCUCUGUGCGUAACUCUGAAGGUGCUAUGCUCCAAUUCUGUUAUGGUGCUGAUGGCUUGGAUCCUAUGACCAUUGAAGGUGAUGGUAUUCCUGUUGAAUUUGCUCGUAACUUGCGCCACGUCAAGGAAAUCACACCUCCCAAGCAAGACAGAGGCCUCUUGCCCUGGGAAAUCAAUUUCUUUGCCGAGAAGGAAACUCAAAAGGAGAUCUGGCAAAAGAACUGCAUGCCUACAUUUAUUGAAAUGGUGCUCAACUUUGUCAAUGAUAAGAUGGCUGGUAAAUUGGCCAAGAUUAGAAGGGCCCAUGGCUUGCAAUCUGGUUUGGCCAUGCCUGAUGAAGAUUACAUGGAUAUGGACAUUGAUGAAGACGAAGAUGAGGUUGUGAAGAAUGUGGUGCGUAAUCUGUUUGUCGUUACUGAACGCCAAUUGCGCGAUUACCUUGGUGUCUGUCUCUCUAAAUACCUCAAAGCAAAGAUCGAACCUGGUACUGCUGUGGGUGCUAUUGGUGCUCAAUCCAUUGGUGAACCUGGUACUCAAAUGACAUUGAAGACUUUCCAUUUUGCUGGUGUUGCUAGUAUGAAUAUUACUCUUGGUGUGCCUCGUAUCAAGGAAAUUAUUAAUGCUGCUAAGGUGAUCUCCACCCCCAUUAUCAAGUGUGAGCUCCACUCCAACAGGGAUGUCAGAGCUGCUCGUGUUGUAAAGGGGCGUCUGGAAAAGACAACGCUUGGUGAUGUGGCCAUGUAUAUGGAUGAAGUUUAUGAACCCAAUGAAGCCUAUAUUUUGCUGCGUAUCGAUUUAGAUGCUAUCAACAGAUUACAAUUGGAGACUAACCUUCAUCAAAUUGCUCAUGCUAUUAAAACUGCGCCCAAGUUAAAGAUGGGUCAAUUGGAUGUUCAAACAAGCAGGCCUGACAUUAUUCGUGUCUACGUUCAUGCUAAACAAGAUGAAUCUAUGUACUAUAGUUUGAAGGCCUUGAAGCGUGUGUUGUCUAAUGUCGUUAUCACUGGUUUGCCGUCUGUUGUUCGUGCCGUUAUCAGUGAAAAAGAAGGUGGCAAGGGUGCCAAGCAACUGUUGGUUGAAGGUUACGGUUUGCUUGAAGUCAUGACAACUGAUGGUAUUAUUGGUAAAGACACUACAUCCAAUCACAUUAUGGAAGUUGCUCAAGUAUUGGGUAUCGAAGCUGCAAGAAACACCAUUAUCAAUGAAAUUCAAAUGACAAUGUCCUCUCACGGUAUGACCAUUGAUCAUCGCCACGUUUUCUUAUUAGGUGAUAUCAUGACGAGUAAGGGUGAAGUGCUUGGUAUCACUCGUUUCGGUAUCUCCAAGAUGAAGGACAGUGUACUCAGUAUUGCAUCCUUUGAAAAGACAACCGAUCACUUGUUUGAAGCUGCUUUAUAUUCCAAGAAGGAUGGUAUUGUGGGUGUUUCUGAACAAAUUAUUAUGGGUAUCCCCAUGUCCAUUGGUACUGGUUUAUUCAAAUUGAUCCAUAAAUCAAUGAAAAACAACAUUUCUUCCCCUAGACCUCUUUUAUUUGAUCUUUAA